AUGGACACAUCAGUUUACUCCCAUGCUCUUGACGUAUGGUCUAAAGCUGAUCUUACAAACUUACAGAAGGAACUAGACACCAAUGUUAUAGAAGUUAAAGAUAAAGAGAACGAGUCUUUGGAAUCGAGGAAAGUGCUUGCUACUGAGACAAAGCAUUUUAAGAAAUUAGAAGAAAAUGAGAAGUUGACUAAUAUAAAUAAGAUAAUUAAGAAAUAUCAACAGGAAGUUGAUAGUCUGACGAAGAGAUCAAAAUUCGCGGAACAGAUAGUCUUUGAAAUUUAUUCUAAACUUUCUGAAGCUCCAGAUCCAAAACCAUUACUACAGUCCUCUCUCGAUAAAUUGAGCAAAGUGGAUGAUUCUAAAAUAUUGGGAGAAAAAGUGGCUGAGUUGGAGGAUAAAUUGGCUAAACAUGCUGAUUAUGAAUCCAUUAAAUCUAGAUUAUUAGAUUUAGAACAAAAUUCAGCUGUAACUUUAUCAAAGAGAUUGGCGUCCAAAGAACAAGAAUUAAAUUCAAGUUGGAAAGAGAAAGAAAGAAAUUGGCAAGAAAGGGAAACUGACCUAAACAAACAAGUAGAAUCAUUACAAAACACAAACAAGGCUCUCGAAUCCAAAGUUUCUAAACAAGUGGAUCUUGAUAAUAAUGACGAGGCUAACGUUGAUGCUUCAGGUGAAAAGAAAACAGUAUCUAUAACCGAAUAUAACUUCAUAGCAGAGGAAUUAGAAUCUAUCCAAUCUAGAGCCUUCCAAUUAGAGAAAAGGAACGAAACUUUAAGUGGUGAAUUAGCAAAGGCAACUAGUGACAAUGAAAAGGCUUCUGAAUUACAAAACAAAGAACGUAAGAUCAACCAAUUAGAAAGUGAAAAUGCAUUACUUAGUGCUUCUGUUGAGAAAAACCAUAAUUCACAUGAAAGGUCCAUUAAGGACUUGACUGAACAAAUAUCGAAUGCCAAAGUCGAAUUGGAUACAUACAAAUCCGAAAAUGAUGUUAUAAGAUUGAAGCUAAAUAAUUAUUCAGACUACAACAAAAUUAAAGAAGAAUUAACCUCUUUGAAAAAAAUCGAAUUUGGUAUUGAUGAAGAAGAUAACGACAAAGAAAAUUCUGAUAGCAAUAAAAACAAUGAUGGUGGCUUGCAAAAUACAUUAAUCACUACAAACAAAAAAUUACAAUCAAAUUUAGCUGAAUUACGAACAAAGAACAUUGCACAUGAAACUGAAACCAAAAAAUUAAAAAAACAAAUUGGAGAAAUGAAUGGAAAACUAGAUAAUUUACAAAAACUAAAUGCAAAGUUGGAGGCAGAUUUAGAGAAAAUCGAUGAUAUCGAUAACAAGUUUAAUGACACAACAAGUAUGAUAUCUGGGGUAACCAGGCAGAUAACUAAUCGUGUUGGUCAUGGUGCAUCAUUAUCACCAACAAGCUCGAUCAUUGGUAUCCCUGAAGAAGAAGAAUUACAAACAGGUGGUGGUAACUCACAAAUCCUUCCAAUUGUUACCAAACAAAGAGAUAGAUUUAGAGCAAGAAAUACAGAUCUUGAGAAACAAGUAAGACAAAUAAUGAUUGAAAAAGCUAAACUAAAAACAGAAAAGGCAAAGCUUCAAGACGACAAUAGUAAAUUAUACGAAAAGGUUCGUUAUCUAUCAAGUUAUGAUGGAUCAUCUAGACAUGGGUCUGUAGUUGAUCCUGACUUAGAAAAUAUUGAUAGGGAGGCUCAAUAUUCUAAUAAUUAUGAAGCAUCCUUACAUCCAUUGGCAAACUUCAAACGUGAUGAAUUAGAAUACUACAAAAAGAAUAAACUGUCAGUAUUAGAGAAAUUAUUUAUUAGUUUUGCUAACCUUAUCCUGCAAAAUAAGACUACCAGAAUGGCGUUUUUCUUUUAUUGCAUAGGCCUUCACAGUUUAAUAUUUAUCAUGUGCAUGUAUGUAGCCAAUAUCAGUGGUUACAUGACACCUGAAGUUGCCAUUGUAAAGACAUCAUCAUCAAGUGCCUCUACAUAG